UGCCCCGCCGCCUGGCACCGCCGCGCCGGCCCCGAGCGCUCCCCGCGCCGCCGCUCCGCUGCCGCUGCUGCUCGGCCCGGCCGGGCGGGGACUUGGCAGGAACUCCCGGGCAGAGAGCGAGAGUGCCUGCCCCCGCUCCGCUGUGGCUUUUGGGUGGAGGAAGGUCUGAGCUCGGCCGAGGAGCAGCAGCAGCCGCCGCCGCCGGAAAGGAAGAGGCAGGAGGGGAGAGAGACACGGAGAGGCGGCUGGAGCCCCCCAAAGUACCCCCCCAUCCCUGCACUGCAGGCUACAUUUCCAGCUUCAUGGGCAAAGUGUGGAAACAGCAGAUGUACCCCCAGUACACCACCUACUACUACCCCCAGUAUCUGCAGGCGAAGCAGUCCAUUGUACCAGCCCACCCAAUGGCUCCUCCUAGUCCCAGCACCACCAGCAGUAAUAACAACAGUAGUAGCAGCAGCAACUCAGGAUGGGAUCAAUUAAGUAAAACUAACCUUUACAUCAGAGCACUGCCUCCAAACACCACUGAUCAGGACCUGGUAAAACUAUGCCAACCGUAUGGGAAAAUUGUAUCCACGAAGGCUAUUUUGGACAAGACUACAAACAAAUGCAAAGGUUAUGGUUUUGUUGACUUUGACAGCCCAGCAGCUGCUCAGAAGGCAGUUUCUGCUUUAAAGGCCAGUGGAGUCCAAGCACAGAUGGCAAAGCAACAAGAACAAGACCCGACUAACUUAUACAUUUCCAAUCUGCCUCUUUCAAUGGAUGAGCAGGAGCUUGAGAACAUGCUGAAGCCCUUUGGGCAGGUGAUCUCCACCAGGAUACUGCGGGACUCGAGCGGGACAAGCCGUGGUGUUGGCUUUGCAAGGAUGGAGUCAACAGAAAAAUGUGAAGCAGUGAUUGCUCAUUUUAAUGGAAAAUUCAUAAAGACACCAGCAGGAGUUUCUGUUCCUGCAGAACCUUUAUUGUGCAAGUUUGCUGAUGGAGGGCAGAAGAAGAGGCAGAAUCAGAAUAAAUACAUACAGAAUGGAAGAGCAUGGCACAGAGAAGGCGAGGUGAGACUUGCUGGAAUGACACUCACAUAUGAUCCAACCACAGCUGCUUUACAGAAUGGAUUUUAUCCAUCACCCUACAGUAUUACAGCAAACAGAAUGAUCACUCAGACAUCUAUUACGCCAUAUAUUGCUUCUCCAGUUUCUACAUACCAGGUUCAGAGUCCUUCUUGGAUGCAGCCUCAACCAUAUAUAAUGCAGCACCCAGGUGCUGUUCUGACUCCCUCCAUGGACCACACCAUGUCACUACAGCCUGCAUCAAUGAUAAGCCCUCUGACACAGCAGAUGAGUCACCUUUCAUUAGGCAGUACUGGAACAUACAUGCCAGCCACAACAGCUAUGCAAGGAGCCUACAUCCCCCAGUACACACAUGUCCAGACAGCAGCAGUUCCUGUUGAGGAAGCCAGUGGUCAGCAGCAGGUUACAGUAGAGACAUCCAGUGACCAUUCUCCAUAUACGUAUCAGCAAAAUAAGUAACUGUGAGAGCCUUGGAGGUGGCACAAGACUAGCACGUUCAACCACUUUUGGUCAAUUAAAAGGAACAACAACAAGAAAACAGCAAAGAAGGGAAGAGCUUUGAGUGCAGCCUCACGGUUCCCCCAUGGGAGCUCUGUGUGCAGUUCUUAGGGAGAGAGGGGGAAAUGCAGCACGGGCUCUGUCCUGGUGGAGAGCCUUAUCCUGGCAAGGGCCAAGCACCUGCAGUGCUGCCUGUGCUACUGCCCAGGUUUAUACUCAGAUUCAUUUAGUCUUCUCACAGCUGUCUAAAAUAGGAAAUUAGUUUGUUUUGUGGACAGCUAUGUUAGAAAAAAAGGUGUGUGAUUGUAACUCUGCUCUAGCUCUGACCUUUCUGUGUUACAGAUGUCCAGUGUUGACCUGGCCUGGAGAAGGGUGCAAAGGCUGAAACAAUCAUGGAUUUUACUGAUCAAUUGUGCUUUAGGAAUUAUUGACAGUUUUGCACAGGUUCUUGAAAAUGUUAUUUAUAAUGAAAUCAACUAAAACUAUUUUUGCUAUAAGUUCUAUAAGGUGCAUAAGAAAAACCUUAAAUUCAUCUAGUAGCUGUUCCCAUGAACAGGUUUAUUUUAGUAAAAAAAAAAGUUUUUAUCAAGUGUUAUGACGCAAAAAAAAAAAAACCUUCAAAUUUCUGGGUAUGCACAGAUGACCACGAAGACUUAUUCACGUGCAUGACAGAAUUUGUGUUUUGGUUUAUUUUUAUUUUGUUUGUUUCUUUUUAUCUUUUUUUUUUUUUGUAUGAAAUGAAUUUUCUGAAGUUUAAAAUAGUAAAACAUCUAAGAUGAUGUUCUGUGCUUGCAGUGUGUGAGUGUUGCUUUAGUGCAGUGUUGCAGUUAUAGUGUCUGGUCUCUUAGCUUUCUGUUUUUCUUUUAAUGUAGUGUGAAGUGUCUUAUCCUUUUCUAUAAAUUCCAAUUUGCCUUAAAUCUUUCAAUGCUGUAGCUGUUUCAGUAAGUAGUCCAAACUAAUGGUGUAGAAUGCUUUGACCAAAUGAGCUGGUCUAUUAUGCCUUGUAAAACAGCAGCAUAGGGCUUUUAAAGGUAGUCAAUAAAAAUUGCUGAAAAUUUGGCUUUUUUAAUGUGUAGUAAGUGUUUUUAAUGAUUUUUUUCACAUAAUAUGUAAGGUAGUGAAAUGCAAGAGGGGAAAAAAUGUUUUGUGUGAAACACAUUUUCUGACUGGGGAAAUUUUAAUAGUAUAAAUUGUUUGUAAGGCCAUAUGCCAAUAGUUCCCUCUGGUAGUUUGAAUGAUUUAGGAACUCUGCUGUAUGAUGCAAUGUAAAAUCUUUUUUUGCCUUUUUUCAGAAACUAACUUGAUGUUCUAGUUUUAGCAUAGGUAGAGUAGGGAGUUUGGGGUGGAGAUAUCACCGAAUGUUUUGUCCUUCCUUUAUACUAAUGAUAGUGCUUUAGGAUGAGGAUUGUGCUGAGAGGUAGCAAACAGAAAAGUUGCUAUUACAGCAAAAUGGCAAAAGCUAAAGGACUCGUUUUCAAACAUAUGCUGAGAUUUAAGUAGAAACAUAAUUGAUUGGGUACUAGCUCUCUAUAGUAGGUAAAUAAAAAUAAAAAGACUUGGCACUUUUAAAAGGUAACUUUACCAAAGAACAAAGAGCCAGUAACCAAUAAUUCUGAUUUGUCUCAGCAUUGCGUCUUCUGUACUCUUUAUUUUUGCCGGACCAGUUUGCGGUUAAGAGAAUGUGCCUUUUUUGUACAUUUGCAUUUAGGUUUUAUAAUUUUAAUUGAUGUAUGGACACAAAAGCAUGAAGGAAGACUUGGAUCCAAGCAGUGCCACACUUUACAUCAUCACUACAAGUGUUAAGUGUAAAGAAAACCAAUUUUGAAACUAUGAAAUUCCUGAUUCAUAAAUACACAGUUAUUUGUACUUCACAUAUUAGAUAAUUCACUGCUACUAAAGCUUUUUAUUACAAUUGCAUAUGUUUUAAAUUGAAUGAUAAAUUAAGUUGUCUUCCAAAACUGUGUACUUCUCUGGUCAGCUGUAUAUGAUCAGUUAUCUACCUCAAAGUUUAUUUCCUUUUGUAUUGGGACAGGUUGCUGGCCCUCCCUGUUUCCACAGACCAAAUCAUCCUAGCUCGGGAGCUAGGGCUAAGCAGUUGUUUCUUUCAAGUAUUUUUUAGUUUUUAAAUUUUGUGUGAGUAUUGGAGUAUAGAUGUCGGUGACAUUUCAUAGUUUCAAAAGUAAAUUGCUGCUCUGAGAAGUGUAGAUUCUAGUGAAAUGCAUAGUCAUAAGAGAUGUGUUUUUGUUUUUUCUUUUUUUAAAAAGUUGUGGUAUUAUUGGUUCUAUGCUCCCUGGAAUAUUACUGCUUUGUAAAAGUCCAGACUUCCUGCAGCACCUUGCCUGUAUUUGGUAACUUUCCAAACCUGGAUCUCUCACUACUUGCUAUUUUUGCAUUAAUUAAAAACUGCAGUAUGAUAGCUCUGUUAGAGGGAGGGAAGAGUUGCUGCCAGAAAUGUCUGAACUAAGUGCCAUACUCAUUGUCUGGGUAAGAUUUGGGAAAUUUAACCUCUGUACAUAAAGAAAUAAUCAGUUACUUAAACAUCACAUAGUAGACAGCCAUUAAAUUAUAAAAAAUUAAUUUAUGAAGAAAGACCUUUUGUACAGAUUGAAAAAAAAAAAAGAUUUUCAUAGAGAUAUCUA